GUGUGCGCUUGUCCAGAGGAUUAUUCCAGAGAAUUCAUAGAGCGUUCGCAUAGAGGGUUCGCAUUGCCCGUUAUCCGAAUUCGAUUCGAUUUGAUCAUCGCAGACGUGUCGUUCGAUUGUUUUGAUUGUGUUUUUAGACCGCGCGAACGUCGAAAUCAAAACGUUAACGCCUGUGCCCAUAAAGUAUCUAGAACUUCACAAACAAAGGCGUCGGGAAACCAGAACCAGAACCAGCGACAAUGGCAAAGAGUCUACGCCCGCUUAAAAUAACCAUCGUCGGCGAUGGCAUGGUGGGCAAGACCUGUAUGCUGAUAACCUAUACACAGAACGAAUUCCCCGAGGAGUAUAUACCCACAGUAUUCGACAAUCAUGCCUGUAACAUUACAGUGGACGACUCUGAAUAUAAUCUAACGCUUUGGGAUACGGCAGGACAAGAGGACUAUGAAAGAUUGAGGCCCCUAUCAUAUCCAAAUACCAACUGCUUCCUGUUAUGCUAUUCCAUCAGUAGUCGCACCUCGUUCGAGAAUAUCAAAAGCAAAUGGUGGCCCGAGAUUCGUCAUUUUUCUAAUAAUGUUCCCGUCGUACUUGUGGGUACCAAGCUCGAUUUACGCAUACCCAAUUCCGAGAAAUUUGUCACCACAGCGGAGGGUCGACGUUUACGCAAAGAGAUACAUGCGCACAAUUUGGUAGAGUGUUCGGCUAAGAAAAAGAUCGGGUUGCCCCAGGUUUUCGAGGAGGCCGUCCGAGCUGUGGAAAAGAAACCAAAGUCCAAGCCCCAGACGUGCAAAAUACUGUAAUUAAGUGUAUGACUACUUAUGUUAUAUAAUGUUAUUAUGUAUACGUAAUGUAUAAUGUAACUUUUGUCUGAUUUCGUUUUAUAGUUUUUACAUACAUAUACGAUUAUAUAUAGACAUAUGCAAACAUACAUACAAACAUACGUGUGUAUACAUAUAGUGUGUAUAUUUUUAUGUGUUUUCUGUUGCGCUAUUUGAUUUGCGUUCUUCACAAAGAUGGUAGUAAAUGUACUCUUAAGGUCUGUAUUUAAGUGCUAGCUUUCUCCUCAAUUGAUUAUUGGGCUUGCAAGCGGUAUGUAAAACGUAUAGUGCUGAAUUUAGUCUUAAAUACUGUAUUUUAAACUAAUAAUGUUGUGUAAAAUUCAAUUUGUAUGCAGCCAAAGUGCAUUUCUUUGUAUAAAAAGAGAAAACUAAA